AACUCACUGUAACGUGGAGGAGGACGCCGGUAGUUUUGUUUGCAAUCCAAAUAGCCCUGUAUUCACUACUUAACUGCACUACGUAGGGUAGGCAUUAAGGUUGUUUACACACUAUGUAGCCCACUAGGUUUUAAUCAGCGAGCGAUUUGGGAUUGAGCCGUAAUCUGGUAAUACGUGCAGUGUAGCUCUUCCUCACGACGUUUCACUAAACUCAAAUGGGCUAGAUAGUGUGUGUGUGUGAGUGUGUGAAGCGACAGUCUCCCUGAAACACUGGGCUUCUUUAAUUUCAUUAGUGUGGUCAUAGUGUGUUAUGUUUUUGUGAGUGUUCAUCCACCGGAGAGUUGCUUCAUGAGGAGGAGUCUCACUAACAAGCCAAGUGUGUGAGAGCUGUUGUUUGCUAACGUCGCCGUGGAUACGCUGAUUAAAAAAGAGGCAGCAUGAUGUUCAGAGGCAGACUGUGCUCCGUGACCCUGUGUGUGGACGGGAUGACGUGCGCCUCCUGUGUGCAGACCAUUGAACAGCAGAUUGGGGGACUGCCAGGUGUAAUCCACGUAGAGGUGUCCUUGGAGCACAAGAUUGCCACAGUGAUAUUUGACCAAGCACAUCACACUCCAAAAUCUUUAGCAGACGCUAUUGAGGACAUGGGCUUUGAGUCGAGUGCGACAAACGCUACUCCGACCACGGUUGUUCAGACAGAAACGAGGCUGUUUCCUGUCAGCAGCUGUAGUGCGGUAUCUGUCUCUCAGCUCUGCCAGGUCAAGGGUGUACUGGAGGCCAAGGAGAAUGGCGAAGGCAGGAACCUCAAUGUCAUAUUCGUCCCAGCUCUUGUGAGUGUCGAGAGAAUCCAGGAAAUGCUGAACACACUGUCCAACUCUGGCAACACUUCCACAGAUCAGGCAAGUUCCCGUAGUUCUGAUAGUGUGGUGUUGCUGAAGAUGCGCAUUGAAGGCAUGACCUGUCUGUCCUGCACCACCACCAUUGAGGGCAAGAUUGGAAAGUUAAAAGGAGUUCAGAAGAUUAAAGUAAAUCUUGAGUCCCAGGAAGCCUCGGUGUCAUACUUGCCCUACCUCAUCACCGUGGAUGAGAUCAUGAAGCAGAUCGGUGUAGCAGGCUUUAAGGCCUCAGUGAAGUCCAAGCCUCGUCAGAUACAGCUCUCUUCACUGGAUCGCCUACUAAAUGCCUCACGAUCCACACAGUGUUCUCCAGAAGGGAGCACCAACAAGGAGGCUUUAGACUUCACCACGUCCAUCACCACAUUAGUAGACAUUACAGGAAUGCAUUGUAACUCAUGUGUGGUGAACAUCCAAGACAAUAUAGGCAAGCUGACAGGAGUCAGCUCAGCGCAGGUCUCCUUGGAGAAAGGACAGGCUGUAAUCCAGCACAAUCCAAAUUUAGUUACGGCACUAGAGCUACAGAGGGCCAUUGAAGCGCUGCCACCAGGGAAAUUUAAGACCCAGUUAGCUUUACGUGAGGCUGUAUCACCAGCUUCUCCCUCGGAACAAUCCCUCGCGACGUCCUCUAGCUUCUUGCAGCCGCUGGAUUCUGUCGUUCAAAUCCACAUAGAGGGAAUGACCUGCAACUCGUGCGUGCAGACCAUCGAGGGCACCAUCUCCCAGAGGAAAGGUGUGAGAUCAGCGCAGGUGUCUCUGGCUAACCAUCAGGGAACGUUCGAGUACGAUCCACUGAUCACCACAUCGGAAGAACUGCGAGCAGCGAUUGAGGAUAUGGGCUUUGAUGCGUUUCUUCCUGAGACGAAUUCAUUGGUGCCAUCAGAAGCGAAAAGUCCUCCAUCUGUACAGAAACCUGCUUCGUCCCCCGCACUCUCCACCAAAAAGGAGAAGGAAACGGAGAUCGAUGCUGAGUCGGCAACAAGCACACAUUCCAAAUGCUUCAUCCACAUCGGUGGGAUGACGUGCGCCUCAUGCGUAGCCAACAUCGAGAGGAACCUCAAAACCGAGCCUGGUAUCCACUCUGUGUUGGUAGCGCUGAUGGCUAGUAAAGCGGAAGUGCGUUAUAACCCUGGUGUCAUCGACCCGCUGAGGAUAGCCGAGUGCAUCAAAGAGCUGGGUUUCACCGCCUCUGUUAUGGAGAAUUACGACGGCUCUAACGGCACCCUUGAGCUUGUGGUCAGAGGAAUGACCUGCGCCUCAUGUGUUCACAAAAUCGAGUCUAGCUUAAUGAAACAGAAAGGUAUCGUCUACGCCUCUGUCGCCUUGGCAACAAACAAAGCGCACGUCAAAUAUGACCCGGAGGUGACGGGCCCUCGGGACAUAAUGAGAUUGAUUGAGAAUUUGGGUUUUGAAGCCUCUCUGGUGAAGAAAGAUCGCCCAGGAAAUCAUCUGGAUCACAGCAGAGAGAUACAGCAAUGGAGGAGGUCUUUCCUCAUCAGCCUGGUGUUCUGUGUUCCUGUUAUGGGCAUGAUGAUCUACAUGAUGGUGGUGGACCACCAGAUCGAGGUGAGGCACCAUCACAACGCCACACCAGAGGACAGACAGAUGUACCACUCCAACAUGUUCCUGGAGAGACAGCUCCUCCCUGGCCUGUCCAUCAUGAACCUGCUCUCCUUCCUCUUCUGUCUGCCUGUGCAGUUCAUAGGAGGUCGUUAUUUCUACACCCAAGCAUACAAAGCACUGAAGCACCGGACUACCAACAUGGACGUGCUGAUAGUCCUGGCCACUUCUAUAGCCUUCAGCUACUCUGUGGUCAUUCUGACGGUGGCCAUGAUAGAGAAGGCAAAGCUAAACCCCAUCACCUUCUUUGAUACACCACCAAUGCUCUUUGUGUUCAUUUCACUAGGAAGAUGGCUGGAGCAAAUAGCCAAGAGUAAAACAUCAGAGGCUCUAUCCAAGCUGAUGUCCUUACAGGCGACCGAGGCCACUGUUGUCACUCUAAAUGAGGACACCAUGACUGUUUUGAGUGAAGAGCAGGUGGAUGUGGAGCUGGUGCAGAGGGGCGAUAUAGUGAAAGUGGUGCCCGGAGGAAAGUUCCCGGUAGAUGGGAGAGUAAUUGAAGGGCACUCGAUGGCAGACGAGUCGCUCAUCACAGGUGAAGCCAUGCCUGUGACGAAGAAGGCAGGAAGCACAGUGAUCGCAGGUUCCAUCAACCAGAACGGCUCUCUGCUGAUCCGAGCUACGCAUGUGGGCACAGACACUACACUCUCCCAGAUCGUCAAACUGGUGGAGGAGGCCCAGACCUCAAAGGCUCCCAUUCAGCAGUUUGCAGAUAAGAUCAGCGGCUACUUUGUCCCGUUUAUUGUAGGCGUCUCUGUGCUCACCCUCCUUGCCUGGGUUGUGAUUGGAUUUGUAGACUUCUCUGUGGUGAAGAAAUACUUCCCAGAUUAUGAUAGGAGUGUGUCUGAAGCAGAGGCUAUCAUCCGCUUCGCCUUUCAGGCCUCAAUUACCGUGCUUUGCAUUGCCUGCCCUUGCUCUCUCGGCCUGGCAACCCCCACAGCAGUGAUGGUAGGCACAGGAGUCGGGGCACAGAACGGCAUCCUCAUUAAAGGCGGGGAACCUCUCGAGAUGGCACACAAGAUUCAGUGUGUGGUUUUUGAUAAAACGGGCACGAUUACCCAUGGAACCCCCAAAGUGGUGCAGGUGAAGAUGGUGGUAGAGGGGAACCGAAUGGCUCGCUCCAAACUACUAGCGAUUAUGGGCACGGCGGAGAACAACAGCGAGCAUCCUCUAGGGGCCGCAAUCACCCACUUCUGUAAACAGGAGCUCAGAACGGAGUCGCUGGGUACUUGUACUGAUUUCCAAGCAGUGCCGGGUUGCGGUAUCAGGUGUCAGGUGAGCAACAUGGCGAGCUUGCUGAAGAAAGAGGACAGCAAUGGUGAAGAGAACGAGCGCAACGCCAUCCUUGUGCAGAUCAGCGACCCCAGAGCCAGUUCCAACUCUCAUCCUCUCAUCAUGGACCCUGAGCCACUGACUUUGGUGCAGUCGGCCUCAUACACCGUCCUGAUCGGGAACAGGGAGUGGAUGAGACGCAACGCCCUGCAUAUACAGCCUGAAGUGGACGAGGCCAUGAUUGAACAUGAGAGGAGGGGAAGGACUGCUGUACUGGUGGCUGUGGAUGGUGUGCUGUGUGCCUUGGUCGCCAUUGCAGACACGGUGAAGCCAGAAGCUGAGCUGGCUGUACACACUCUCACCUCUAUGGGUCUGGAGGUGGUGCUGAUGACUGGCGACAACAGCAAGACAGCACGGGCCAUUGCAGCACAGGUUGGCAUCAGUAAGGUGUUUGCCGAGGUGUUGCCCUCUCACAAGGUGGCGAAGGUGGAGCAGCUGCAGCUGGCAGGGAAGUGCGUUGCCAUGGUGGGAGACGGAGUGAACGACUCCCCAGCUCUGGCCAAGGCAGACGUGGGUAUCGCCAUUGGCACAGGCACUGAUGUGGCUAUUGAAGCAGCAGAUGUGGUGCUCAUCAGGAACGAUCUCCUGGAUGUUGUUGGGAGCAUUGACUUGUCAAAGAAGACUGUCAAAAGGAUCCGUAUUAACUUUGUUUUUGCACUCAUCUACAAUCUUGUAGGAAUUCCAAUUGCAGCCGGUGUGUUCAUGCCUAUAGGACUGGUGCUGCAGCCGUGGAUGGGUUCUGCUGCUAUGGCUGCAUCUUCUGUGUCUGUGGUCCUCUCCUCCCUUUUACUCAAAUGUUACACUAAGCCCAGUGCUGAGAAGCUGGAGCAACAGAGAUGCGGGCAGCGGAAACUGGGCAGCCUUUCAGACGUCAGCGUUCACAUCGGCAUGGGCGAACUGCGCCGUCCCUCGCCCAGACUUAGCUUACUGGACCGGAUCAUCAACUACAGCCGAGUCUCUAUCAACUCCCUACGCUCAGACAAGCACUCGCUCAACAGCAUGUCAUUGAGUGAGCCUGACAAACACUCGCUGCUCGUAGCCGGAGCUCACUGCGAUGAGGAGAUCGUCUGAUGGGGCAUUACCAGGCGCGACAUGACUCCUUAACACACCUCAGUGCCUGUAGCCUGUAGGGAAGGAACCAAAAUGUGAUCUCAUCCACACACACACACACACACACACACACACACACACACACACACACACACACACACACACAUCACACCAGUUCUGCUUAAUGCUGCAUGACUCUCUGGAAGUUUGUGCACCAGUCUCCAUGUCUCUAUGGCACCCUGCGUGUAUCCGGUGUGAUCUUAGAGCCAAAACUGUAAGGAAAUAGUAGGCACUGAUCAUGUGGCUGUUUUGUUUUUGUUUUUAAACUGACAAUCUACAUACCAACCCAAAGAAUUUUGGACAUGCCAUAUUUUAUUUCUUAGACAAGUGUAUUGAGUUUUAAAACUUUAAUUGAGUAUUUAUGUCAUUUAUUUAUACUUUAUAAUGUAGGAAAUGUAACAAAGCAUGUUAGCGAUUAUUAUAAUUUUAUUUAUCCGAAUAUUUUCCAGUGACAAUUUUGCGUCUGAUCAUUGAAUGCACAUUAGUUACAUUUACCCUGCUCAGUGUUCAGUGUUCACAUACACAUACUGCUUUUUGCCCAGUACUGAACUCAAUCUGUUUUUUAUUUUUUAUUUUGGGGCUUGAAUAUCGAUAUAUUAAGAUACAACACAUUCCAAAGAGGCGGUUGACCUCUUCCAUCUAAAGAAGGAACGAAACACCUUGAGUGAAAAUUGCUUGAUUAAAAUUGUUAGUAAGCAUGGAAGAAACUAAUCCUGCAGGGUUCCUCUGUUGUAUCAUGUCUUUGAUAUAACAGCUGUCUUUUUUUUUUUAUACAGAUGUUACUAAUGCGAGAGGUGGAAACUCAAGUCCUUGCUGAAAUUAUUAGAAGAAAACAUAAUCACAUAGUUGCUAUUUAUUUUUUCAGGUGUGCCUUGAUAGCUGAUCUUGAUCGAGUAAUUGAGUCAAUGCUAAUUCUAAGUGCUUCUGUCACUGAUAUACUUUCUUAUUUGUAAGGUUUUCUACAUUUUCAAAUAUCAUCACCUGAAUUGUCCCUGUAGCUCAACCCAAAACACUACUUUAGCCUAGUUAUGUAAUAUAAUGUAUGGGAGAAUAGAAAAACUGCCCAUGAAGGAAACCGGGCAGUGGUAGUUCAGUGGCUAAAGGCUCUGGGUUACUAAUCGGAAGGUCAUGAGUUCAAGCCCCAGCACUUCCUAGCUGCCACUGUGGGGCCCUUGAGCAAGGCCCUUAACCCUCAACUGCUCAGAUAUAUAAAUGAGAUAAAUGUAAGUUGCUCUGGAUAAGGGUGUCUGCUAAGUGCCGUAAAUGUAAACCAAUUGAAUCAUUUUAGGAUUAAAUUUGAUUUCUAAAUGAUCACACUAAAGUCACUAGGACGAAAGCUACUUAGGAAAUCAAACUUAAGUUUAAUUAAAGUUAAAUGCAUUAGGGUUCUGUUGUGGUAGAUACACCAAGGUGGCAGUCAGGUGACAGGGUGGGAAACAAAUACAACGGACAACCUCUGAAGAAACUGCUCGAUGAACAGAAAGAUAGUGGCAGCUGAUUAGCAGAGGUUCCUAAAUUGGAGAAGGGGUUUACAUAAUUGUAAAAAUGAUGAUAAUAAUAAAUAAAUGGGUCACAUUUUAUGAAGCACUUACAGAGUGCACUGGUACUGGAGAGACCAGAUUCACAAUUAUAUGAAUAAUAUUAAUGUCUUAAAGAAUAAUAUUAAUGAAUAAUAAUAAAGUCAACUUUAUUAUUAUUAUUAUUUAUAUGGCACAAUGAAAUGAAGUAGCAAGCCCUUAAAUUAGGCAAGUAAACAAAUGCAAAAAUGAGGUAGUUAAGUACUGGUCGAAUUGUAUGAGUUUUGGUUUCAGCACAUGAAGACCUUUUAUUAGUGUGCAGAUGAAUAAAUCAAAAAUCAUCAGAAAUUGGAUCUGAAAUUUUUAGGCUUCUUUAGAUUCGGGGUGGGGGUUGUGGUCGUUGUAUCUUUUUGCGAGUCUACUCUAUGGCCUGCUCUUAUAGAUUGUUCAUUUCUUAUGGUAGAUAUAGAAAAAAUAGUUCCAAUUGAACAACACGCAUUAAAUCCAGACAUUCAGAAUCUACAGCUCUUUCACAGACAACUGACUAUCUGGGAUUUGUGCCUUUCUAUGAACAACGAACUUGUGAAAUGUGUCCAACCCUUAAAGUUCUGUGGCGAGGGAACAUGGGAAGUUGUGCUACUGUAUAUUUUUUUUAAAAAGGCACAAUCACUAUUUUGAAAGUUUUUUCAAGGCCCCAGUAGAGAGAAUGAACCGAAAUGUAGGCCUCGUGUGUGAUCCAUGCCUUUAUUAUUCCACAGUGUUUUCACUGCAGUGAGUUGCUGUAUUUAUUGCUCUUCUCGCCAGUUGUUCUGUAGGUUAACGUCUAUUUGAAGCUGUGAGUUAAUGUAAUGUAUAAUACACAGAUUCGGCAAAUUUUAUGGUUGUUACGCAACACGAUAUAUCAAUAAGCUACAACGUACGAGCUCCAUUUCAUUUGCAAUAAACAGUUGAACCUGUGCAUUUCUUAAAAAUACGGUGUCUUCAUUCAGCACAACGAGACCUUUACUGAAAAUACAAUCAAAUAUAAUGAUAGUUUUGUUGCAGUUUUUACCUACUUACUUAAAUUCUUGGAUUGUAUCACUGUUACCAACUUUGAGAUAUUAAAUAGUCGUAUCUCAUCUGCUAAUGAGAACUUUAUCACAAGAUGGCACCCCAAUGAUAUUAAUGUGCUGAUACUUUGUUUUAAGGAAUCACAUAUUGAUCUAAUUUACUGAAUGCAUGCAAAUCCAAAGCUUCAUUGAAAUGACUGUAUGCAUUUCCAGUACUGCCAAAGCAUCACGGAGAACCAUCGUGGAGAGAGAAGAAAAAGCUGUCACAAAUAAGCACAUCUGCUGAAAACAUUACGUGACAGAAAGAAAACCGAAGUAAACAUUAGAGAACAGAAAUUGACAUUAAUUACAAUAAUUAACAAUAAUAAGAGCAACGAUUGUAAAGAAGUAAAAUAACACCAGAGAGCUUUUCUUUUCUUUUUCAAAAAUCAAAAUCAUCAAAAAUCUUUAACUUGAACUUGAGUCCAUAUCACCAUAUCAUAGGAUACACAUAGAAAGCAUCCCAGGAGAAAAAAAAAAAACAUCUUUAAUUAAUCCAAUGAGGAUUGUUGAUCAUAAUGCUUUGUCAAAUAGAAUAGCGAUGAUAAUAAUACUAGUGAAAAGAAUUUCCUGUAGUUACGUCAUGCUGUUAUCUAAGACAGCCUGAAGAGAAUGGAGGAGGGAGGGCUGACAGCUUUAUGUGCUGAAUAAAAGAUGGAUCUUAUUUAACAAGGCACUCACCACCACCACCAUCAUCAUCGUACAGCCAGUGUAGAUGUUUUAAUGAAAAAUUCCUGGUCCAAUUUUUUUUUUUUUUU